AUUUCCUCCAUCCUGCUGCUUCACGUCGCGUCGCGAGUCCAGAGGUUCGGCUGCGACCCGGAGCAUGACGCGUCGAGCCCAGCUCCGUCCCUUCGCGGCGUAGCGCCACGGACAGAUGCUGCAGGUGGAGCCAGAAUGAGUGCCGAUCCGCUACUGCAGGAGACGCUAAUCAAGCGUUCGCAGCAGAAGAAAAGGACGUCGCCGCUGAACUACAAGGAACGAGUGUUUGUCCUCACCAAGACCAGGCUGACGUACUACGAAGGGAAACCAGAGAAGAAGUUCAAGAGGGGCUCGGUGGAGCUGAGCCGCAUCAGAUGUGUGGAAAUCGUGAAGAAUGGAGGUGGGAUCAUCCCCUGCCAGAACAAAUACCCGUUCCAGGUUGUGUACGAUACCAACACGCUGUAUGUUUUCGCUCCCACUCAGAAGAGCAGAAGUCAGUGGGUCCUGAUGCUCAAAAAUGAGAUCCAACACAACCCAGUCGUGCUGCUGAAGUUUCACCCCCAGUUCUGGCUGGAGGGCCAGUGGCUCUGCUGCCGCCAGGCAGACAAACAGGCGCUGGGCUGCGAGGAGUACAACCUGCAAGGAGACAUUUCCAGAAAACCUUUGCCUCCGAUUCCUGGACAGGGAAACACGCGCCGGCCGCGGCCGCCUCCCGUCCCGCAGGACGAAGACGAGGAUGACGAGGAGGAGGAGGAGGAGGUGGUGGUGGCUCUCUACGACUUCCCAGGCAUGGAGCCGCACGACCUGAAGCUGGUCCGCGGCAGAGAGUACGUCAUCCUGGAGAAAUGUGACGUCAACUGGUUCAGGGCACGCAACGAGUACGGUGAGAGGUCACACAGAGGAUACAUCCCCAGUAACUACGUGUCGGAGAAAACGUGGGAACCUGGUGCAUGAUAAAAGUCUCAUAAUGUUUGUUUCAGGUGGUACAGUAAAGGAGUAAACAGGAACAUGGCUGAGGAGCUGCUGAGGAAGGAGGACAAAGAAGGAGCCUUCAUUGUGAGAGACUCCAGCCUCCCGUCGACAUACACAGUCUCUCUUUACACCAAAGCAGGAUCUGGGAAAGGAGGUCCAAUGAUUAAACAUUAUCACAUUAAAGAGACGCAGUGCUCCCCCAAAAUGUUUUACCUGGCUGAGAAACACAUGUUCAGCUCCAUCCCUGAACUCAUCGAGUACCACAGCCACAACGGAGCCGGUCUUGCAGCCAGGCUCAGAUAUCCUGUAGGAAAGCAGGACAAGUCAGGUCCAUCGACGGCAGGCUUCAGCUACGAGAUGUGGGAGAUCAACCCGAGCGAGUUGACCUUCAUGAAGGAGCUGGGCUGCGGUCAGUACGGCCAGGUGAGGCUCGGCAUGUGGAGGUCUCAGCACAAGGUGGCCAUUAAGGCCAUCAAGGAGGGCGCCAUGUACGAGGAGGACUUCAUCGAAGAGGCCAAACUCAUGAUGAAGUUGUCCCAUCCCAAGCUGGUGCAGCUGUACGGCGUCUGCAGCCAGCAGAGGCCCAUCUACAUCGUCACAGAGUUCAUGCAGCAGGGCUGCCUGGUGAACUACCUGAGGCAGCGGCGCGGCAGCUUCAGCCCCGGGUCGCUGCUCGACAUGUGCCUGGACGUCUGCGAGGGCAUGGAGUACCUGGAGGAAAACAGCUUCAUCCACAGAGACCUGGCGGCCAGGAACUGCCUGAUGAACGACGCUAUGGUGGUGAAGGUUUCUGACUUCGGCAUGGCCAGGUACGUCUUGGACAACCAGUACACCAGCACCAAAGGUGCCAAGUUUCCUGUGAAGUGGUCUCCGCCUGAGGUCUUUAACUACUGCAAGUUCAGCAAAUCGGACGUCUGGUCGUACGGUGUGCUGAUGUGGGAGGUCUUCACAGAGGGCCAGAUGCCGUUCGACCAAAGACUCAAUCACGAAGUGGUUGCCAUGGUCACCAACGGGCAUCGGCUGUUCCGGCCCAAGAUGGCGGCGCCCGCCCUGUACGACAUCAUGCAGCUCUGUUGGAACAACAGGCCGGAUGAGCGUCCGUCUUUCUCUCAGCUUUGCCUGAUGCUCUCAGACGUUUUGGAGGACGACGGUACUUUUUCACCCUGAGCAUCCAGGAUGAUGCUCAGGAUCCUGGCUGAAGACGCACCUGCUGUCCCAACCUUUCCAAAGGCUUUGUGGUGUUUAUAUUUUAAAACCACAAACGGAAGGAUAGCAACCUGCACAUUAAUGCUGCUUAACGCGAUGAAACGUCGAGGCGCGAGAGGAACCGACCACAUCUGCUCAUCAGCUGCUGCGUCUCUGCUGAACCCGAUUCAGGACGGCGAACUGGACCUGAGCGACGCUCACUGACUGCAGAGGCUUAGCCAGGUGUUUCAACAUGUUGGGUGGAAAUAAAUGGCUUCCUUUCUUCUGCUUGUUGGAGUUCUUACUGCAAGUAAAGAAACUCACAAGUCGAGGUUUGGAUUAACCGCAGCACAGACUGAUUUUUAUUUAAAACCAGCCCUUGAGUGACACCUAACACAAAAAUCAGAAACAAAUUUUUAUAUUCUUAACUAAAUAAAUUUUGUGGCCUGCCAGCAGUUUAAACUCUCCAGUUUUUGACAGUUUUUUGGUUAAACCUUUUAAACUUUUUUAAAAGCAACAUUGUUGCUAAUCACACAUUGUUUCAACAUAUUGUGGUUUGUAACAUGUUUAUAACACUUUUCACAACAGUGUUAUAAACAAUAUAUUAAUGGCAAUAAGUUACAAAGCAGCAAUAUGUUGCUUUACUCUGUAAAGCAACAUAUUGCUGCUUUGUAACAUAUUUUUAACAUGGUUACAACAUUCUUU